AUGAAUUUUCCAGUACCAGUGCGAGAGGUUGCCGGAGAACACCAUGUCAUCGACGUCAAGUCACUGUUGCCGAGCAACUCCUACUCCAUGCCUGAGAAAAGCACAACCCCUUCCAGGUUCAACGUGGUCCACUGGCACGGCCUGUGCUCUUCCCGGGCGCACAAGGACAAGCCGUCCCAUAUGGAGCUUCUCCGACGGGACCAAGAACGCGUCAAUUACAUCCAACGCCGGGUCGCCAACGCCAAUGUACGCCUCAACCCUGUUGGUGGUUCUCUUUUUUCAAGAGUUCCGGUAAGCAUCAUUCUUAGUGAAUCCAGCAGCUACAUCGUCAAUAUAGGCCUAGGCACCCCUACCAAGUCCUUGUCACUUAUGCUCGACACCGGUACCGAUCUCACUUGGACCCAAUGUGUCCCUUGUGUUAACUGCUACCCCCAAACAAACCCAUUUUAUGACUCUACCCUUUCCUCCACCUUCAACGACAUCUUAUGCAACUCCGACUAUUGUACCGAACUCAAAAAAUUUCGUUGCUCCUCUAAAUCCACAUGUCUCUACUUGGAAGAAUAUCUCGACCAUUCUAGUACUAAUGGCUCCCUAAUUCAAGACACAUUGACAUUCUCCUCUGAUACUAUACAUAACUUCCGCUUCGGUUGUGGACAUAACAACACCGGAGAUUUCAGAAAAGAAGAUGGGUUAUUAGGCCUCGGUCGGGGAGCUGCUUCAAUUAUUUCCCAAACAGCUCAAUUUUAUAACAAGGUAUUCUCAUAUUGUCUACCAUCAGGGUCCAAUGAAAUUGGAUAUCUCGAACUAGGUAGGUCUGUCCCUGGUGUGAAGUAUACACCGAUGCUAACCAACCCAAAUUUUCCAUCCUUGUACUUCCUCAAGCUCAUUGCCAUUUCUAUUGCGGGUACAAGGCUCGCCUUUUCACCUAUUGAAACGGUAUUGGACUCUGGUUCAUCGAUUAGCUACCUGCCACCCACUGUCUACUCCUCCCUUCGCAGCAUUUUCCAAGAAGAAAUGAUUAAUUACCCGAUGGCGCCGCCACUAGACAAUCUCGACACAUGUUAUGACCUCACUGGCCACUCUGAUGUGGGCGUGCCGGAGAUUGUGUUGAUCUAUGAUGGCGAAGUGACGGUUUCCUUAGAUGGCUCGGGGAUACUUUAUAUGACUAGUUCAUCUCAAGCGUGCUUAACCUUCGCUAAAACAAAUGAUGAGGUUAUUGUUGCGGUUAUUGGUAAUAUGCAUCAACGUAGGUUCAAUGUAGUCUAUGAUGUGGGGAACUCAAGAAUUGGCUUUCGGAGUAAUGGUUGUAACUAG